UCGACGGCAAAGGGGCUAUCCAAGCCCAUCCCCAACAGGACGUCCACCCGAGCAGUUAAGAAGCUGUAGAGAGUUUUUGUGGAUUUGAGUGGGAGGGCAGGGGUGCAGAGCUUGGGGGGGAAGUGGUACACUCUCAUUGUAAGGGAUGACUGCACGAGGUGGAACCGCGUCUACUUCUUGAAAAACAAGUCAGACGCUGCAGAAGCAUUCGAGAGAUACCUAGCGGAAAACCGAGCAGACGGAGCCCCAUCCGAGGUCAUGGUCGUGCGAUCUGACAACGGAGGAGAGUUUUUCGAGGGAGAGUUCGGAAAGCUGUGCCGCAAGUACUGCAUCAAGCAGGAGUUCACCCCCGCAUACAGCCCAGAAUACAACGGUGUAACUGAGAGAGCACUGGGACUGAUCAAGGAUGCAGCACUAGCCGCCCGCAUUUAAGCGCCGAUUCAUUACCCCGAAGCGCCGAGCUACCCCUCCCUUUGGGCCGAAGCUACAGCUUGGGCAUGCAACGCCCUUAACUGCACCUCCACCACAUCCAACCCGGACAAGAAAUCGCCGUACGAAAUGUGGCACGGGCACCCACCUCCCCCAGAGGCGACGUACCCGUUCCUCAAACCCGCCGUAUACAAGGUCAAGCGCACGCACAAGUCAGAGCCGAAAGCAAAAAAGUGUUUUUACCUCGGCCCUGGAAUCAACACAAACCGUGAUUGCGUGCGCAUCCUGAACGAAAAACGCCAAGCGAUCACAACUCGCAACUUCACCUGGCAAUCUGUGCCCGCCGCCCCGACCGCGCACCCCCAGCCGCUGCCUCCCAUUGCAGAGGAGGACGAGGAGCUCACGACUGAGGAGGACGAGGGCGGGGAGGGUGCGUCAUGCCACGGUGGAGGGAGAGCGGAGGGAGAACCUGAGGAUGGAGGUUUCCACCUUGACACGACGGCAAACCCGGGGCCCGCGGAGCCGCCCGCGCGUGAUGCGCCGGCGGCGCCGCCGGCCGCGCCCCAGGAGUCGGGCGCGGGCGACGCUGGCGAUGGCGCCCCCUCGAGCAGGGAGGGCGCGAGCGUCGCCCCAUCUACCACGUCGACCGGGAUGGCCGAUGUGGGCGGCGGCGAGGACGACCGUCGCAGCAGCAGCAGCCGCGGUGGCGGCAGCAGCAGCAGCAGCAGCAGCAGCAGCAGCAGCAGCAGCAACAGCAGCGGUAGCGGCAGUGACAGCGGCAGCGACACGGACAUCCCGGCCCUCCGCGGGCCCGAGGGACGGAAGCUCGCCCGCUUUGGCGAGCCGGCGGAGCUCACCAGCCGCCGACUCAGGGAGAACCCUCGCCGGAACAUGAGGUACGAGUCGUCGCCGUCGCCAACGAGUGCCGAAGGCCUGCUCGCCCGCCAUGCGUCGGAGGCGGGGCUGCCCAUCCUGCCCAUCAACAGCACGACGGAGCACACCCACUGGAUGAUCGCGUGUGUGGUCGACGUGGUGGAAGAGCUAGAGGCGAGGGCGGUGCAAGCGCUGCUGUGCGAGCGCGCGGAGGAGGCCAACAUCGCGCGCCAAGAGGCAGAGGACUUCCUGCUGGGAGCGGAGGACCUCGUGCUCAACUCUCCAGACGCCUUCGCGAGGGCCCUGGCGUCGACCGAGCUGAGUACAGAAUCCCCCAUAGGCAAGCGACCGAAGCGGGAUGACGAGAGUGGAGGGGAAUGGCCGGUGAGGGAGGCCAUCGGCAGCAUGAUGUGGGUGUCGACGUUCUCGCGCCCGGACAUCUCGUUCGCCGUGCGUGCGGUAGCGCGCCAUGCCCAUGCCCCUGCCGAGAGGCACUGGAAGGCGAUCGUGAAGAUCCUCGCCUACCUCAAAGAGACGAGGGACCUCGGGAUCACCUACGAACGGGGAUCGGGGUUGGGGCUGGCGGUGUACGUGGACGCUAGCUACGCCGACGCUGAGGAUAGGCGUUCGGUGUCAGGGCUGGCAACAACGGUUGGAGGGACCGUCAUCAGCCACGGUAGCAAGACGCAAGCUAUCGUAUCUUUGUCGUCUACGGAGGCAGAGUACAUUGCUGCCGGGGAGGGUGUGAAGGAAGCUUUGUUUGUGCGUGCAGUGCUUUCGUUUAUUGCCCCAGAGACCAGUGGCAGCAGCAUUCAGGUCCUUGAGGACAAUCAGGGGGCUAUGGCUUUGGUGCAGAACCCCCUCAGCUCAGCGCGUAGCAAGCACAUCGACGUGAGGUACCACUUCAUUCGUGGAUUGUUCAGGUCGGGGGACAUCUCGAUCAAGUUUGUGUCGACGUCGGAGCAGCAUGCCGACAUGCUUACCAAGGCUCUUAGCAAGAGCAGUCUGCAGUACCACCGGCGCAAGUUGAUGAAUUUGCCGGAGUAG